AUUUCUUGUAAGGUCUGACAAUACCCUGCCGGAGCUACUGUUUGGAGGUGAAUUGCCUCCUGCCCUGUUUCUCAUACUCGCAUUUUGAGGAUUUUCAAAGGUCAUCACUACGAUAGAAAUCAGGGUUCCCUCACACACAUACAGUCUGUGUGAGAGGAUGAGACAGACAUUGGACAAGUAUGACAGGGAACAGCAUCAGCACCACUCACGAGGCUUUCCCAAACUGAGAAGGGUUAUGAAGAGUUAGGAAGAGGAGAGAAAGCGAGAUAUAAGUUUUUUGAAGGGCUGAGAGGAAUAACAAAAGACAGCUGGAGGACUUUUUUUUUCACCCUUGAUUUGAUUUUUGGGCCAUUAUUGCCAUCUUUCUAUCUUUUUCCCUGUCUCCUGUCCUCUUUUUCCUUUUCCCUCUUCUUCUCAUCCUGGUUGUUCUCCCAGCUCCCGCCGUGGGGUCUCAGCUCUCAGUCUCCCUCCCCCCUUCCCUUGCCCCCUACCUCCCGCGGGCCUUGCUUGGAGCUUCCAGGCUGCUGCGCCGCAGGAGGAUGUCUCGCAGGGAAUCUCCCCCGCCGCCCUCGCCAGAGCAACUGCUUGUAGUGAGGAGGCGGGAGGUGAAUUGCGACGAACGUCCGGAGCGCACCGAGCCGCUGUCCGACGUUGAGAGGGAGAUCAUCCAGGACACUUGGGGGCACGUUUACAAGAACUGCGACGAUGUGGGGGUGUCUGUGCUCAUAAGGUUCUUUGUGAACUUCCCAUCUGCCAAACAGUAUUUCAGCCAGUUCCAGGACAUGGAGGACCCUGAGGAGAUGGAGCGAAGCUUCCAGCUUCGACACCACGCUCGUAGGGUGAUGAAUGCCAUCAAUACUGUGGUGGAGAACCUCAAUGACCCAGAGAAGGUGUCAUCAGUGUUGGCUCUGGUGGGGAAGGCUCAUGCUAUCAAGCACAAAGUGGAACCUAUGUAUUUUAAGAUACUGAGUGGGGUCAUGCUGGAGGUGCUAUCUGAAGAUUUCCCGGAAUGCUUCACGGCUGAAGUGCAGAUGGUGUGGACCAAACUCAUGGGUGCCGUGUACUGGCAUGUGACAGGGGCCUACACAGACGUGGGCUGGCUCCAGGUCUCCAGCUCAGCCGUGUGAAGGGUCAGUGUGAAGAAAAUGUGUAACGCAGUGGACUUUAAAAAAGGAAAAUGAUGUGCAAGUAUUUUUCCAUAAUUUUGAAGCUGAAGACAAGGUUUCACGGGCGUGUAUGACGAUGAUGGUGCUGAUCAUGCGAAACAUGUUCAUCUACACAAUUUGUUUAUUUUUAGUGACAUUUUGGUGCUGGGCUUUAUUGCAGAGUUUAUCUUCGCAUCAUUUGCUGGAUAACCCCUAACAAUUGAACGGCAACAUCUGCUCUAAUUACAUUUUAGCUCAAGUAAGUGAUGGUUGGGUGUGCGUUUUAAGCCCACCAUGUGUACCACUAAUUAGCUUGACAUAAGCUUGACUUUAAGCAAGUACAGGGAAGUAAGGGAGGUCCCAUCUCAAUUUGUUGCUCCUGUAAUUCAUCUUUACUCAGACAUUUUGCAAAAUGAGCAUUUUUGACAAAAAAAGUUUGUCUUUACAAGUCUUAAAAAAAUACAACUGUCCAAAUCGGGGUUUUUUUUGUUGUUGUUGUUUUUUUUUGUGCCGUGUGAGGUAUACCUAAGUUGGUAAGCAUUCUUACUUUUAAUACAUUUUUCAAUCACUAAGUAUGGCUUAUUUAGUUCUUUGAAAUAACAUACAUACAGUAGCUGUCUUGUUAGUGAGCAAAUUUGUUCACCUGACAAACGAGCUAUAGUACAUUAAAGGUCCAAUCAAAGCUACAGCGCUAGCAGAGAAAAUGUAUUCUCAUGAAACGCAACACUGUAAAAGCUUUCUGCCAAAAACAUUUCGACUGUUGAAAAGCCCUUAAAUAGGAUGCCCUUUUGUAAAAUGCAUGAAAUCACUGUCAUAUCUAGAACAUCGACGAAUCGAGAUGCAUUGACAUUUUUGCAAAGUAUUCUUUUAACUACGAAGGAGCCUCUCUAGAGUGUUUGAAACAGACACAGCCGCCACAGUCCAGUCACGUACUGCUGUGGCUCAAUUCACUCCUCAACCAUGAGUGGUCAAAGCGGAGCCAAUUGGUGGUUGUGUUUCGUCACUCCAGCACAAAUCAGACACUCAAGCUAAUCUUACAAGUAUUUAUCUUAUAUUAGGUGUGGAAUUUUUAUCUUACUACAUUUUUCAACUUCAAAUAAAAUUGCCACUGGUUGUGAGCUGUACUCAAUGGGUUUACAUCGGUCCAAAAAUCCUACUUAUAACCUGAUUGAAAGACCAAUACAAUUAAAAAAUGUCUCAUAUAAACACCUUAGCCAAUCGGAUUCACCCGGAUUCUAUUGUAUUUUGGCUCGGAUUGUAAGAGGUACGGUAGUCUACACCGAUUGAUAAUCCACUCCAUGCCCCAUGUAUACUGCUCAGUGGGGUGGAUUGGGUUGAUAGGAUUGUUCGGUUUACACAUGCACUACUACGAUGUAAGAGCACGUGAGUGAAGCAGGAAGUGCACCUUUUCUUCUCUUAUGCCGCCUUCAUGUGAUGUCGUAAUUAUGGUAAAUAUCACUUGGAAAUUUGCAUGUGAACGCCCCCUCAAGUCUUAUUUUCAACUGGAAAACUGGGAUUUUAUUAUGAUGGGCUACUGGAGUUUCCGAGAUGGGAGGACCGUUUACUUUUCAACAUGAUGAAGCGCGAACAAGAAGUUGUGAAUGGUAAGAAAGUUUUUUUGAGAAGUUUUUUUUACACCAGCAACAAAUCGAAGUGUACAUAUUUAUAGAACUCUAUUUUUUAUUUUUAUUUUUUAACCAAGUGGUGGCUAAAACAUUCAGUUACAAACAAAAACUUACCAUUUGCAUUUUGAUGCAAUGUCAUCUUAUUUUAGUAGAUGAAUUACCGUAUUUUACACACCAUAAGGUGCAUCGGAGGAUAAGGCACACCAUGAAUUAAUGGCCUAUUUUAAAACGGUUUUCAUAUAUAUGGUGCACCGCACUAUUGGGCGCAGCAAUAGUAGUAAAAAGUGUUGGGGUUGCUUUAUGCAUACCACUAGAUGAAGCUGUGCUAAAGAGGAUUUCCAUGCCAUGAUUCACCAAUAUUGAUCCAUAUCGGUGGUUCUUAUUCUUGCUAAAAGUACCGAACCACACAAGUUUCACAGGUGCAUUCAGCAAACCCUUUGGAAUCUCAUGAUAAGCCUUUUUUAAAAAAUUCAAAACCUAGCAAGCUAACAUCUAACAUGUGUACUCCUGUUCAAAUUUCUUCCAGAUUUCAAAUAUACAACAAAUAAUUUUGCCUUUUGCCGUAGAUUAUGACAUUGGUAAAUGAAAUUAAUUUCAUUUCACAACAUUCCUUUUUUGUUUUCAUGUCUAUUCUCUUUUUAUUGUCGCAUCCUUACAUCACAUACAGUACUAUUUUAAUGACAUAAAAUGAUCCAAAUUAUUAUUAUUUUUUAAUCUAAAUUAUUUAUCUAUUAAUAUCUAGAAUGGAAUAAAGCCUGUAAAUUGAGGUCAAGCCAGUCCAAUCCAGUCUAAAAUGCAAUUUGCCUAGAUUUAGCGUAGCCAGCGCACAAAAUUGGGCUCUGCUUUUUUUAACCUUCAUCAAACCCCUGAGGCUUACUCUCCGAACCCUGAAGUUCGAUUGAACCCCAGUUUAGAAUCACUGAUCCAUAUAUAAAUCUCAUUGGAUUAUAAAGCGGGAUGUCUGCUUUUGAGAAAAUUAAGGUUUAUAGGUGUGCCUUAUAGUGCGGAAAAUACGGUAAUGGGUCUAACAGUUUUGCCCACGCAACAAACCAAAAUAAAAUCGAUGUCCGCUAAGUUUUUGCCACGACGACAAAAGCAAGUGGUAACGAUAAUCUUUCCCAGAGCAUGUGAAGACAGCAUUACAGUUGUGGUCAAAAGUUUACAUACACUUG